AUGCUACCUGAUGAUUAUGUCUGUGAUAAUGUAAUGGAAAGAUUUUCCCAAGAUGCAGGUCAUGUAAAUAAUAAUGGCAUUCAAUUAUUAGAAUUUUGUAAACAGUCAGGGUUACGUAAAGUAAAUGGCAGAGUCGGUAAUGACAUGCAUAUUGGUAAAUGUACAUUUGUAAACAGUCGUGGUUGUAGCCUUAUAGAUUAUGUAUUAUGCAAGCCUGAAAUGUUUUGUAAUAUAAAUGAGUUUGAGAUUGAUAUGCCAAAUAUUUUGUCCGACCACUGUCUAGUUAGUUGUAUGUUUAGUUUAGAUACUCAUAAUAAAAUUGUUGAAAAUGAUGAUAUAUACGUUGAGAGUGAGAAAUAUAUAGAUUUUAAAUACGUGUGGAAUAAUGAUUACAAAACUCAGUUUAUCGAGAAGUUGUCGAGCACAGAUAUUUCGCAUUGCUUAGAUGCAUUGUCCAAUGAUAUACUUUUGUGUUCUACAAAGCAAGAUGUUGAUGAUUGUUUACAAAGUUUUCAAACUAUUGUUGAUAAAGUUGCAUCUCCAUUGUUUAAAAAGGCAGUUUGGAAACGUACUGAAAAUGAUAGUAAUGGCUCAUUUCAAAAUAAUAAUAUUUGGUAUAAUAACGAAUGCUGUGAAAAGAAAGAUGUAUUUUUAAAUUUAUUGAAUAGAUAUAGAAGUGAUCCAAAUGAUGUCAACAGAAUUAAUAUGGUGCAAGCACGGUCAAUAUACAAAAAUACUUUAAGAAAAUGCCGGUAUAAUUUUGAUAAAGAAAAAACAUCAAAACUUGUUAAUGCUAGGUUUAAGAAUGCACGAUUGUAUUGGAAUAUGUUGAAAGAAACUGCUGGCGUUAAAAACACAAAUAUACCUUUGUCAUCUUUUGAAAUGUAUUUUAAGUCAAUAAAUAAUCCAGAAGAUAGAUUUUUUAAACCAGAUGAAAAUGUGUUAAACUUUAUAGAGCGUUAUGAGCACAAUGAAUUUAAAGUUAUGUUUGCAGAAUUAAAUGAACAUAUUUCUUUUGAUGAAAUAUAUAGGGCAAUUAAACAAUUCUUUAUUGCUGGUGGAAAUGUAUUUAUACCUGUUUUACAUAAACUUUUUAAUAGAUUGUUCGAUAUAGGCUACUUUCCCGAGUCAUGGUCUGAGGGUUACAUUAUACCUUUACAUAAAAAGGGAAACGUUAACAAUGUGGAUAAUUAUCGUGGAGUUACAUUAUUGAGUUGUUUAGGCAAGCUUUUUACACAUAUACUUAAUAACAGACUUAGAAAUUGGGCUGAAGAAUAUAACGUGUAUGUCGAAGCUCAGGCUGGAUUUCGCGCUCAUAUGAGCACCAUAGAUAAUGUAUUUGUAUUACAUGGCUUAAUAAACCAUAUGUUAAACCAAGGAAAACAAUUAUAUGCUUUAUUUGUUGACUUUUCAAAAGCUUUUGACUAUGUAGUGAGAGAAAAUUUAUGGUAUAAAUUGAUCAAGUUAGGUCUGAGAGGAGAAACAGAAGAAGCAGAAAUCGGAUCAGAGAUCGAAGCAGAGACCUUCUCUUCCGUCGUUACGAUCCAAAGCCACCAGUUAGAGACCGUACCAUAG